UAGCCUCGCCCCCCUCGCUCCUUAACGUAUCUAUUUAGUAUUUAUGUUCUUCUUCCUCAUCUCAGCUCUCUCUAUUCCAUAGUAACUUUCCACCGUGCUAGCUAGCUAAGCACAGCUACCGGUAGGACCCAAGCAAUCAAGAAAGAAAGAUGGACCCCUUUGGAGUCGUCACAACGCCCAUGGCCAUUGCCAUUACUCUGGCAUUGGCCAUUCGUGCUCACCGAAAGAAGAACCUGACACCGUCGGGUGCCGUCGCGGGAAGUGCCGUUGGAUUUUUGAUUGUGGGCACGGGGCUCCGAGGCAUGGUCCUCUUUUUCUUUUACCAAAUUGGUAGUAUGGCCACGAAAUACAACAAACUCGCAAAAGAACAAAAAGAUGCGACAUUGGCAGGACAUGCCGCCCGAGGAGUGCCCCAAGUGUUGGCCGUGAGCAUCACACCCGUCGCACUGUCGUUGAUGCAUGCUCUAUGGUGUGGCGCCGAACAGCCCAUUGUCUUUCAUCAUGACAAUGACAACAACAAUCUCGCCGCAUCCUUGACCUGUGGUAUUUUGGCACAUCAUGCUACGUGUCUCGCGGAUACACUGGCAAGUGAACUGGGGAUUCUUUCGAAGACCACUCCAAUCCUCAUUACCAAUCCUUGGCGACGUGUUCCCGCUGGGACGAAUGGGGGCAUUACGGUCUUGGGAACGUUUUGGAGUUUGGCCGGCGGGGCCGUCAUUGGACUGUUGACCGUGCUCAUGGAUUUCUUGAGUGGGAUCUUUGUGCCGUCCAAUGUUCUUCCCAUGAUUCUACUCGGGGCAGUUUCUGGGGUGGUGGGAUCCCUGGCAGAUUCCUUGCUGGGAGCAACCCUCCAAAGUUCCUACUACGAUUCGGAUAAGAAAAUGACGUAUCACGCCAAUAGCGAGGACCUCCCUGCUACAGCCGAGUUGCUCUCUGGGAUCAAUCUAUUGACCAAUGAACAAGUCAACUUUGUCAGUAGUUUGAUCACCACAGCUAUUGGUGGAUGGGUGCUGGGGCCGUUGGUCUUUGCGUUGACGUAAUGUAUGAAGUGGCAAUGAUGAGACUUGGGCAUCACAAAUUUGGCACACAACCUACAAAGAAAUUGCUUUGAAGCUGAUAAACUGCGCGACUGCUUCGAAAACAGCAUUGAGCAGAUAGAUUGUUUCUAUUGGAAUCGCUCGAAUGAUUCAAUCAGAGAGAGGCUCCGUGGACAACGAAUCAUGAAUAGAAUGGAAUCGCAUCGAAUGAAUUGAGGUCCUCCAUCUGGUCGGUUUCGCUCCAUGAGGUAUCCGGUAUUCGGUGGGACAAACAAUUGCUCGUUUAAAAAUAAAAAGUGGACCGUCGAAGAAGUGGCGUGCACAUGCACCAUACCUUCUGCAGCGUUGGCUAGCUUCUACCGCUGCGUUCGAGGUGACCUUUCGAUUGUAACGAGCACUAUCUUUACUCCGGAAUGCGAAAGAAUCGAUGGGCUGUACAAAUUAUUCAGUAGUGUGUUCUUCUCUAUAGAAUCAUUAUUAUGUAUAUUAAAAA